AAAUGUAUGCUUUACAAUGAGAAAAUAUAAUGAAGCCAUUGCUCAAUAUAGUAAAGCAAUUGACAUUUGUCCAAAGGAGAACGUGGAUGAUCUUGCGAUUUUUUAUCACAACAGAGCAGCUGCGUAUGAGCAAUUGAAAAGAUAUAAUAGUGUGAAGGCAGAUUAUACAAAAGCGUUAAAAUUGAAUCCAAAAUACAUGAAAGCUUUGCUACGUCGAGCACGUAUUUUCGAGCAACUAGGGGAUUUGGAAGCCGCUUUGAAGGAUAUCGCUACUGCCUGCAUUCAUGAAAACUUUUCUGAUCAAACUUUCGUUUUAAACGCACAAAUAAUCUUGAAAAAGCUUGUGGAACAGCUUUCCCUGAAGAAAUCGACAAACGAAAUAUUGUUUAUGCCUACGCAUUUAAUCGAAAUAAAUGAUAUUGGAGCCUUUUCUAGAGAUCCAGUACUUUCUAGACUUGAAUAUCUAGAAAACAUUCCAGAAUUUUUCAAGAAACCAUUACAAGCGUUAAAAAACAAGGAGUAUAAUGAUAUAAUAUCGCUGUGCACGGAAGUCAUUGAAAACCCUGGAUUUGAGAAAUUACCUCCCUCUAAACUAGAGGUGCUGUUAUUACGAUCUACAUUUUACUACAUUUCGCGCGAUCACAGUGCUGCAAUCCACGAUCUUGAUGUUAUUUUGUCAAGCGAAGAUGUAUGUGAUGACAUAAGGGUAAACGCCUUGAUAAAAACAGCACAUGUAUACCUGGUAAUUGGGCCUCCAGAAAUGGCUUUCAAGGUCUUUGAAUUAGCCCUUACCAUAAAUCCAAGUUGUAGCGAUAUCUACUAUCAUAGAGGACUGGCAUAUAUGGACAUAAAGAAGUUAGACAGAGCUAAGCUCGAUUUUGAAAAGUCCGUUGAAUUGAAUCCAAACUUCAGCAUGGCACACAUGCAUAAAUGGUACGCAAAUUAUCUUUUUGCAUUGUCGAAUGGAAAUAUACGUUUAGCCGAAAUUACUGUGAGAGACGUUGAGAAAGCUAUCGACAAAUACUCAAAUUCUUUCGAAUGUGUAUGUUGUUAUGUUCUAUAUGCUCAUAUAAUGCUGACGACCAGCGCCGGAUUUACAUAA